AUGUUCUACUCGGACACGGCUACGGUGGAGAAGGCGCGCGACUUCUGGGAGCUGUUCGAGGACCACACUGACCGGUUGCCAGACAGAGAGCGACUGUUGGUUUUCCGACAGAAGCUGAAGGGACGUGAGGCCGAAAGAUGGUGGAGCAACUCCAGCAUCAAGUCGUUCGCGACGCUGAAGGUGCGUUUCCACAACCGGUUUCUCAGCAGGACGGCCGACGAGCUCUGGGAGAGACUGUACUCCACUAAGCGUGAACGCGGCGAGUCAGUGGAGGAAUGGAGAGACCGAGUCACAGACCUGUGCGACUCCCUCGACUAUCCGAACCCUCAGAUGCGGUAUCAGUUGUUCCGUCGUGGCCUGAAGAACAAGAGGAUGCUGGCUGCUCUAGAUUUAAGCCCGGCUCGAGAUAUUCCGGAGGCGCGCGAGUGGCUAAUGUUCAAGGACAUGCAUCGUCCUGUGGAGGAAGACGACGACCUUCCUGACGAGUCGCGGGCGAGGACUGAUAGAUGCCACACACAAGAAGGAGAACCUGUCUGUGGUCGAUGCGACUACAAGGGUCACACUCGCGUGACGUGUUCGCGCCAAACGAUGACUUGCCGACGGUGUACCCAGUACGGUCAUAUUGUGGCUGAGUGUGAGGUGCCUCACUCCUUCCUCUGGUCAAGUGGAUGA